AUGGAGUGCCCCCUAGAGCCUAAUUUUCCAUCACCGUUGAUUAGUGUUUUUGCUUACCAUAACAAAGAGUUUACAUCGUUCGUGGUACAGGGCGAAAAGUCAGACGGUGGGUUGGUGAUCACGCAUGAGUUCCAUUUCGAUUCGUUGAUGAAAAUAAUCACCAGCGGCUUUCCACGGCUUAAGACCUUGUCGUUUAAAAAGCUUCAAGUGCCUGUCAAAGCACUGGAGAUUCUUAUGCGGAAUAGGAAGAGCACAAAACUGCGUGCGUUGUGUUUUCAUGAAGUGGUUAUAUCAGCAGAAACGACGGCCGCCAGAUCUCAAAAUACAAUGAAUUUGACAUUCCCUAGCGAAAUGUUGCUCUUCAACAGUUCCGUGAUAAAUGGUAUGGUAUUUCCAAAAAUGAUGUUGGCCGAAGUGGAAAAACUGGUCAUUACGUUAACCUCCUUGUCAGAAAUCGCCAAAGCUCUCACUGCUUGUAGGGACCUGUUUCGUGAAAGCAGAGUGAAAAGUAUUCAUCUCGUCCUGAAUUUAAAUGCGUUUAUGCCGGAUGCAGUUAGUAGUAUUGGAGAUAUUUUGUCAGUAUGUACCGAAAAACUAGAAGCGUUGACAUUUUCGUUUCACUACAUCCCUGAAGAUUCUCAAGAAAUUUUAAAACUGUUUGAUGUUAUCCGCGACAUUCGUACAUGCAGAAGCAUGAAAAAGUUUGUGAUUUGUGGUCAGAAAUCGAUACUAAAGGACGAUAGCUUUGCUCAUCUGAUGGACUGGUUGUCCACUUGCAACGAUCUUACUGAAAUUUGUCUUGGUGGCUUAAGCGAGGUGACAGAUUUUGCGCCCCUGAGUUCGAUUUCAAAAGUAAAAAAAUUGGCCAUCUACGGAGCACAACAGUUGAGUGGGUCAUGGCUGGCUCAUUUUGUUGCUAAUUCAGUGACCCUGAAUCAGCUCUACCUAAGAAACUGUGCCGAAGUGCGACCUGAAGUUGUUCUUCAUUUACUGGCAACCUGUAAAAAUCUUGUUGCGUUUGAAGUGCGUGAUUGUGGGCGGUACUCCGUCAAAUUUUUUGAACGUCUCGUUUCCAUGAAAAUAGGUGAUCAUCUAAAAUUUCUCAACUUCGUUUACUUUGCUGAAAUGACUUCAACGUUGCUUCAUAAGCUGAAAGAAAAAUUUGCUUCCGUUUCUUAUCGCCAUCGUAUUCGCUGCAGAAUAGACGUGAAGAAUGAUGCUGAAUGGUUUCGUAUUAGAAGUGUUUCGCCUAAGCUCUUGGCUUGCAGUUCAUGUGGCGGACUAUAGAU